AUGCAAACUACUCACCCUCUCUCACAAUCAACACUGGGUUACAACGGGGGCGACGAAUUGGCUCACCAAGCCAACGUAAUCCAGGAUCCUGGCGGAGGAACACAGCGGUGGCGGGCACGCGCAAGCAAGGCCUGUGAUCGCUGCCAUUUUUCCCGCGUAAAGUGUGACACUGGUCAGCCCUGCGGCAGAUGCUCGAAUGCGUCUACAAUCUGCACCUAUAACCGGGCUAGCCGCCGUCGCGGUCGGCUCCCAAGGAAGAGUUUGUUCGCGACUGAUAUGCCAUCCCAAAGGCUGAACAUAUUGACUCACAAUAACAGCUUUCUAGACCGGGCUGCGAGCGGUGUGGAGGUGUUGCAGGAGGACCUAGACUUGCUCCCCCCGGAUGCUGUCCAGAUUGGUCAUGUGCAUGGUGUUGACUCCGAUCAAGCUCAAACCGAAGCAGCCACCAACAGCGAAGACCAAGGACACGGCAUCCCCAUCUCCUGGGAGCCCAGCUUAACAGCGAUACAACAGCCAGUCAGUUCUCUCUUUUUUCCAGACGAGCUUGUGGAUGUUUGGAGUGGAAGUCCGAUUAUCGUCGACAGCCAGCUCGACCAGCAUGGUAACCCUCGUCUGCCCCGUACCGUCCCUGAGGAACCUCCAGACCAUGAUGACCUCGCCUUCGCCCACCGGCCGCCUCCACAGUCUUCCAUUCUCCCACCGGUUGGGCAGCCCAGUGAACAGAGGCCAUGUGCGGAACGACCACCAUCGAGCUUGCCCAUUAAGCGGAGAUACGCCGUAUUGGAACCACUGUACCCUUACCUCGAUCAAGAGGUCUCGCCCGAGUUAGCUUGUGAUCUCUUGGACUCGUAUUUUGCCGAUAAAUCUGAAGGAUCAUGCAUUCCAGCCUCCCCUCUACUGUUGUGCCAUAUCUUUCGACGUUCCUCUUUCGCAUCUUCUACCCAAGGGAGACCAAGCUCGCUCGCGUUGUUAUCAAGUUUGCUUCUGGUCGCGGCUGCCACGACAGAGUCGCCCUUCUUUGGCGCUUCUCCUACUGCUCGUGCACGACUCUUGCGUAGCCUUUUUACACUGACACUCAGCUUCCUGCACGACCCUCAACACCUGGUUUCCCGAACAACAGAGGCUCAUUCCGAUCACAUUGCAACGAAAAAAAGCGACUCGGGUGAUCGCUAUGAAUCUCGUUCAUCUGUCACCAUGUCAAGCGGCAGACACCGCUUUGUAGACGAGGUUGUCACCUAUAUGCAUCUUGCACUGGUCUCCAUGACGACCGAGGUCGGUUCUUUUGCGACGAGGUGGUGGCACACUGCCUUUCAGUUGGCCAAGGAAUACAGACUAAACGCAGAUGUCAUGAGCCAUGGGCCAUCGCAGCAGGUGCAGGAGCGGCCGUCGCCCAACGGGGAGUCACCCUCAGUCCCAUCAACAGGAAGUGUCGUUUAUGCCGACUCCCCGUUCAAAUCUCCCGACGUCAAUGGUACGGAAGAGACUUCUAUUGCGGUGAGAGAUAACAAAGUCAUUGACGGGUCCGAUUAUCGCUUUGUCUCUGCAACCAGAGAAGGGCUGGAGGAAAGUCGCCGGGUUUGGUGGAGCCUUUACAUAUGGGACAAGCAGCUAGCGUUGUCUCACAACGUCCCGGCAUCCAUCACCAACCUCGAAUGCCAGGAGGUGUCGAUGCCAAUGUCCGAGUUGGCCUGGCAAGGCGUUUCGACGACCGGCCAUAGUAACGUCCCGCAAUUUGGUGGUCACCCACCUAUGGCACUCGAGACGUUACUUGAUCACCGUCAGUCUCUCAUGCGACGGAGGCUUGCAGGUAGAAUGGGUUACCAGCCAUUGGACUCGGAAAUUACUGCAGGUGACGACUUUCGUGUGCAACUUGAACGUCUCGCGCAGGAUUUUGAUAUUCCAACAAGUGGGAACGCUCAGAACAAUGCCGAUGAGAGAUUCUCAUACGCUGCUUGCUCCCUUAAGACCGAGAUCUUUCCAGCAUACGCGCGGCUCUUGAUCCGCAUCUUGUUCUUGCUGGAUUCAGCGCCAUGGGAUAUGACUGACGCAGUCGAAGGAGUCGACAGGGAUGCUCUUUUGAACACGGCCACUCACCAAACUAUGUCAAUUUCUGUCGUGCGAGCAUCAGAGGCACUUCGCGACGUCUUUUCACUAGAAUCCGAGUUCAGCUUCAACCCUCUAUAUUGUGACGUGUUUCUAUUCCUGGGCUCCGCGAUUGCAUACAUGACCUUGUCACUCUCGAGCCAAGACCUUGACUCCAGCCUCGGCGCCGCUGGAGAGACGUUUGUCCGCGCAUUAGAGUCUGUCAUAUCCGCCGCCCCUGCGGAGCAUCAGCGUAAAAUGCGUCGACUGCUGCAUAUUGCGCUAGCCCGGGUCAAGUGGGGAAAGGUGCCUAGCCCGGCCGACGUGACACUGUGCCAGCACAUCACUCGGACGUAUCGAUGGUCGAUCGGAGGGACUGGAUUGAGAACAUGA